ACUGCUGCAAAACAUCUCCUUGACGACAAUGAAGACCUCAAUCAAGGGAGGUAAUUCUGUUAGGACACGAAAGAAAAUAUGCAAUUGGAUUAGACAUAUAUAUAGACAUAAAAAACAAAAUGGGAGAUAUUGAUUUGAAAAGGAACCCACAAUUUCAAGUCUCUGGACUUCCUGAUGCUGUGAAGAUGAAUCAGCUGCAGAAUUUGCUGCAUGAUGCACUGAUUUCUACCGAUCAUGUGCAACACUGCGCCAUCAUCAGACGGAAAGACUGCAACAUCAGAGCUAGUUCUGUAGGAUUUAAUCUUCAUCAAGAACAAGUACAAAUUUUACUAGAUGCUUUUAAAAAUCCCCCACAGACAAGAGAAGAAGGGAUUUACUUUGACGACAGACAGUACAAAUGUGUCCGAGCAGACAAAAACUCCAUAUAUGGUAAAUGUGAUAAAAGAGGACUUAUUUUAGUUAGAACACAGUCUAUGUUGCUAAUAUCAACUUACUCAGAGAAUAUGUUUCCUAGUGUUUGUGUAGAGGCUGUAGAAAAAUUAGCUGAUUAUUUUAAGGAGAAGGGGAAGUGAGAACCAUAAAUGAUAGUCUGUGUAUGGUGCAAUAUGGAAAUUGACCUAUCAGUAUCAGUACUUCCAUAAAGAUUUGUAAAGAAGAUACGAAGAUUGUUAAAACUGCUGAUAAUAUUGAGAGAAAAUAACUGUUCAUGAUCAUUCCGUCCAUUGAUAUAAAUUGUGAUAUUGUUAUUAAAUUUAUAUGUAUUUUUUUAUCAAAUGAUAUAUUGGUUCAAAUUUA